AUGGACCCCUGUGCACACCUUGGCAAGGGCCGUACUGGCCUACCACGUUGGGACGUCCAGGCGUCAAGCCAGGACCGACAGUCAUCUACCGGUGGAGUCGUUGAGGGUAUUCUUCUUAUUUCUGCUUACAUCGCUCAUAUUUUGUUUGAUUCUAGCGCUUCCUAUUCUUUUGUGGCCGAGCAAUUCUGUCGAUCGACCGGUAUUUCAUCGGAGUCCAUGUCUGAGGCCUUAGCCGUUUCGACUCUCAUGGGGAAGUCCGUUUUGUUGACCCGUCGCUGCCCUUCUUGUCCAGUGUUAAUGGGCAAGAUGUUUCUUCCUGCCGAUCUGUUCGUGAUGCCGAUGACAGGAUUUGACGUUAUUCUGGGUUUGGAGUAUGGUGCUAUCUUGGACUGUACCGCGAGGACAGUCACGUUCCACAUUCCAGGCUUGUCAGUGUUCCAGUUCGUUGUCGAGCCCAAAGGAGAGCCGUUAUCUAGUUCUUGGCACCUAUCAUCGAGGAUUCUAUGUCAGAGUGCAUUGAGCAGCUGCCAGUUAUUUCUGCCAAUUUGA